CUGGUACUGUAUAUUUUCAGAGUAGCUUCCCCAACACUGCUGACCUGUGACCAAAUGUUUUUUUUAAAUGUAUGUCACAGAACCAGAGCAUCCAAGAAUAGUAUCCGAAGCACAGGGUCUGAUAAAUACAUUUGGAAUUGAACUGUUUUGGUUUUUGCUUUGAGUCAUUUCAUUUUAGUUGGCUAGACAUUACAACAUCAUGUAGGCAAAUUUAUCUGUAUUGAGUUCUAUGUUAAACCUACAAGCCUAUACACUACAGUAUCAAUGUGCUUUACAUGACACCACUCAAUUCUUGGUUGGCCUUUAUGGAAAUUCAAAAUAAUCACAUUCUCCAUGCAAGAAUUACCUCAACCACACACAAAGAUGGCGCCGUACUGUGUGGUUGCCGUCUUUGCUAUUUUGUGAUAAUUUUUCUUUGUUUUAUAGUAAGUAAAUAGUACUUAUAUUGAUUACUGCAUUGUUGGGAAAGAGUUUGCAAGAAAGCCAUUUCACUGUUCUUGUGCACGUGACAAUAAAACUUGACAUUUGAACUAGAUUUUAACAGUUUAGAACUCCUCCCCCUACCUCUUGAACGUCACCUGUGUACGCGCCCAAUACAGGUAAAGGUGUAUGCUACGGAGAACUGCGGGGGAAGGAAGAAUUAACGGUUGGAAAAAUUCCGGAUACCGCUGCUAUGGCCGAGUCUCAGCUUCUGUGCAUGGACGAAGAUCAUGUCAACGAAAAGAUACCCGAAUCCAAAGCAGAAUUCUACUACUGCGAGGAGCAGCGAGCCGCGCUCGAGCAACUAUUGAAGAACGGUGAUGGCGCGUUCAAGAUGCGACUGAAAGAGGACAACGUCAGAGACUUUCUAUCCGCYCRCGAGAUUAAAUGKAUUCGAAAAACUUUUGAUGAAUAUGAUUCRGAUAGUGAGWCCGAGAAGGGCGAAUACGAAAAGGCUCAGGAGUCCAAUGCAGACUCGGGGGUCCACUCCACAUACUGGCCUCAGAUGUCGGACACGGAUGUCCCGCCGCUUGACAUCGGCUGGCCAGGCAGCACUAGUUUYUAUAAAGGUGUYACKCGAGUAUCCGUGCACACGCACCCACCCAAAAACAAGGGGCCCCAUAUAAAAGAGGUUGUCAGGAGACUCAUUCAAGAAUCUAACAAGGUAGUAGCCGUGGUCAUGGACCACCUUACAGACCUGCAGAUCCUUCAGGACCUAUUGGACGCAGCACAGAGACGAGGGGUGGCUGUGUACAUCAUACUGGAGGCUUGUGGUAUGCCCCACUUCCUGGAUAUGUGCACUCGUUUACAGAUCACUGCUCUGCAUCUACGGAACCUGCGUGUGCGAACGGUGAAAGGUUCUGGGCUGGCCCUGUCAUUUGGCAGGCUGCCCGGCUCUCUGUGCUCCAAAUACAUGCUGGUGGACGGAGAAAAGGUUAUGUUUGGCUCUUACAGCUUCACAUGGAGCUCCUCUAGGAUGGACAGGAACACCAUCACAGUAAUGUCUGGGCAGGUGGUGGACUUCUUYGACAAUGACUUCAGGGAAAUGUAUGCUGUAUCUGAGAAUGUGGACCUUUACAAGGAGUUCCACAUUACCAAGCCUCCCAUGCCUGCGCCGGUACGGAAGGUGGUGGUCCCCAAGCCCCUGUUGAUGUCYACCUCCCGUUUCCAGGUGUCUCUAGGGGACUCUCGGGGGCAGGCUGACCAGAGGGUGCCUGCACAUAAAUACCACAACCCUAAGUAUUCUCUGGUGGUGGGGAACAGUCUCGGGCUCACUGGGUCCUUACAGGACCUCUCCACACUCAGAGACUCACUGGGCGGUGGACUCGAACGGAACGGACUGUCGACGCUACUCCAUGCCAAAGGGGGCAGUAGUGUGGAACUGGACAAGGUCACURCGAAGWCCCCCAGUUCUCCUGUGGAGGAUGAGGAGGAUGGGAAGGGAGGUUYGCAGAAGCGCCAGGCCUUAGGUGGAAAGAAACAACGCAGUUCUUUCAGGCUCUUCCUGAAAGGCAGAGGAUCGCAUACAACAAGAGAACUAUAG